CAUCACCUUGUGACGCCAAAUUUUAGGCUGCCGGGCAGCCUCGCGGCCGCACGCGUCCGCGGCAGACGCCGGCGCCGCGUCCGCAUCGAUGCGGGCAGCGAUUCUGCUCGCGCACGCCGUACAUGCGACGACGCAAGGUUGCCUGGAAUGGAGUGCCGUCAAUGCGACCUGGUUCGGCGACGAGCACGACGGACCGGCCCAGCCCUACUGUCUCCAUAAAAGAUGCCUCGUGGCCUUGAACGGCUGCGCCGUCUGGUGGCGCACCGUGUCCGACGACGUCAUCCCUCCGAUUCCCGAACUGGCCAUACCGCUGCCUGAUGAUGACCGCAGGGGUGCCUGUCGGGGACCGACGCGAGUGACGGGUCAUUUGGGCAUCGCGGACGACGAAAAUUUUGGAAGGUGCACCACCUCUGACAAAAUUUUCGACAACGGCGGCGGCUUCGAGAUUCUGCAAGCCCGGAGGCACGCGCCUCCAUCCAUAGACUGCGGCGACCGGCGCCGACUGAAAGCGAGGUGGGAGGCGUUGCUGGCGACGUUAACGGACGAGGACUACGCGCUCGUCGAGGCGGCGACGACGAGGCCGAUUCGGAACGUGACCGCGGCCUUUGUCAACAAAGCGUCGGCCUGCGACUUCGCGGGGUUCCUGUCCUCCUCGCGGUUGUUCGUCCACGCCCUGAAUGGCGAGGGCCUCCAUGCACUACGGGCCGUCCUCGCGGAGCGCUUGCGGGACCUACGACUAACGAAGUACGCGUCCGGUUCAAUUCUAGACGAGUGGUUUGAGCAUGGCGUCUUGAUCCGACCCUACACCAAUGAUCAAGAUGUGUACGACCUCCUCAAAGUCGUGGCCGGCGAGCCUUCGGUCCCGGCGCCGCCCUACGACUGGGCCGAGCGGCGCAUCACUUCUGUGGAGAACGACCCCCAGGGCCGGGCCCACGUCGACUCCUUCGCGAGCGUCGUGAAAGUGUGGCUCUUCGACGACGUCGGGGCGGACGCGGGACCGUUGCACGUCGUGCGCGGGAGCCACCGCCACACGGUUGACAGGCUCGCGUGGGAGCACGCGCGCGCGAAUGGGAGGGAGGCCUUGAUCGAGCCGUCCUUCCGUCUUACCAGUAAUGAGUCGGAUGCGGGGGACGCGGCGGCCUUCGUGGCGCGGUGCCAGCGGGACGCGGCGCCGAUCGUGACACAAGAGCCGAUCGUCGUGGUCGCGGACACGUCGCUCGUGCACUUUAGGGGCGCCGGGCGCGUUGGGGCCGUGCGGCGGUCGCGGCGGUUGCGGGGAGACAACGGCGGCGGGCUCGCGCGGCGGAACCCGUUCCGGUUCGCGGACGAGGAGUAAUAUCAUGUUGUGAC